UAGUACUCACUAUUCUCUUUCAUCUUUAACAAAUGGAGUUCAUAUUCCCCUCUUUGUCAAUUUCUCUCAGCUUUCUUCUCUUCGUCUUCAUGGUGAUGAAAAUUUGUAGAAGGUAUAAAAUCAAUGAUGGGAGUCGAAAUUUCCCUCCUGGGCCGUCGAAAUUACCUUUCAUUGGAAAUCUCCACCAGCUUGUUGCUAUGGGGUCUCAGCCUCAUCGUGCACUAAGAGAUUUGGCACAGAAAUAUGGACCCCUUAUGCACCUACAGCUGGGAGAAAUUUCUACUAUUGUUGUUUCUUCGCCAGAGUACGCUGAACAAGUGAUGAAAACUCAUGACGCCAUAUUUGCCUCAAGGCCUUAUAAUGAAGCAGUGAGUAUCAUAUCUUACGACAAUAACGGUAUAGUCUUUUCACCAUAUGGUGAUUACUGGAGAAAGAUAAAGAAAAUUUGUACUUUGGAGCUUUUAAGCCCGAAACAAGUUCAAUCUUUUCGAUCUUUAAGAGAAGAAGAGGUUUCUGAUCUCGUAAAUUCGAUUGCUUCGAAAGCAGGAACAGUAAUUAACCUCACUGAAGCAAUUUUCUCGUCAUCAUUUGGUGUCACUUCAAGGGCAGCUUUUGGAAAAACUUGCAAAGAUAAAGAAUCAUUCAUAGCGGUUGUCAAAGAAUCUACAAAACUGAUAGCAGGUUUUAAUAUCCCCGAUUUGUUUCCUUCCAUCAAACUGCUCCAAUCUAUCAGUGGAAUCAAGUCAAAACUUAAGAAGCUGCAUCAAGAAGGUGAGAGAAUACUUGAAAACAUUGUCAAUGAACAUAAGAUGUCAUACAAGAGUGAAGGAGACAAAGGUCUGGUUGAUGCUCUCCUAAAGCUUCAUGAGAACGGUGAUCCUCAAUUUUCUUUAAGUCCCAAUAACAUUAAAGCUAUAAUUUUUGAUAUUUUUGGUGCUGGAAGUGAAACAUCUGCUACUGUAAUUGAUUGGGCAUUUUGUGAGAUGAUAAAAAAUCCAAAACUGAUGAGAAAGGCACAAGUUGAGGUAAGGGAAGUGUUAAACGAAGAAGGGAAGGUUGAAGAAACAGGCAUUAGUGACAUGAAGUUCUUGAAGCUAUUAAUAAAAGAGACUAUGAGAUUACAUACUCCCGUCCCUCUGUUAAUUCCAAGGGAAUGCGGAGAAAAUUGUGAGAUCAAUGGAUUCAACAUACCUGCCAAAUCCAGAGUGAUUGUUAAUGCAUGGGCUAUCGGAAGGGAUCCAAAAUUUUGGACUGAACCUGAAAGCUUUAAACCAGAGAGGUUUAUUGAUAGUGCUAUUGACUAUAGGGGGACUCAUUUCGAAUUCAUCCCAUUUGGUGCUGGAAGGAGGAUAUGCCCAGGAAUUUCAUUCGGCAUGGCCAACGUUGAGCUUACUCUGGCAAAGUUGCUAUACCAUUUUGACUGGAAACUUCCCGAUGGAAUGAAGAAUAAAGAUUUGGACAUGACUGAGUCAUUUGGUGUCAGCAUGAAAAGAAAAGAUGAUUUAUGCUUGAUUCCCGUUCCUUAUCAUCCAUAGGCUUAAAGAGACACUUCUCGGAAAGAUAUGUAUAAAAGUUAUAUUGUAUGAAUAUUUCUGUAUGCCGACGUAAUAACUUCUUUGUCUUUAAAAUCUUAAAAGAUUAUAGUUU